CCGAGGCCAUGGCUGAGGGCUCCGCCGCCACGGCCGCGGCGGCCUCGGCUCCGGGGCUACGGGCGGGCGGGCGAGGAGGCGGCCGGCCGUGGGGAAGGAAGGCAGAGGGAGGAAGGCGGCGGGCGGGCGGGCGGGCGGGGGGAGAGGGGGCGGGCGGCGGGGGGAAGGGGCGGGCGCGGCGGCGGCGGCGGCGGGCUUCCCCGCCUCCUCGCCUCGGUGCGCCCCGCGCUCGCUCGGCCGCUGCUUGCCCCGGCGCCCCGCCUCGCCGCGCCUCGGCCGCCCGCUCUGGCCGCGCCUCCUCCCGCCCUCCGGGCCGGCGCUCCGCUUCCCCCUUCCUCCUGCGCCUCCGCCUCCUUCCACACAAAUACCAACUCCUCACCCCGAGCCCAGAUCUCGCCGCCGCCGCCGCCGCCACACUCCGCUCAGACUCGGCCUCGCGAGACUUCCGCGCUGGCCUCGGCCCGCCCCGCCUCGCUCCCACUCGCCCGCUGGCCCUCUCGCUCCUCCCCCUCUGCCAAUCGAUCUGCCCGUUCGCCACCGCAGCCCCGCCCACUCACCCGGGCUCCUCCCGGAUUGGGGUCGACGGGGCGGCCCCCGCGCGCGCCGGCUGGCCGCAGCGUGUGACGUCAGCGCGCCGCCGCCGCCGCCGCCGCCGCCGCAAGUCGCGCGGCUCCCUCCCUCCCUCCGCGGUGCCACAGCAGCGAAAUCCGCCGCCCCGGGCCCGGGCCGCCCUCGGGAGCGGGGCGUCGCCGCUGCAGCCGCCGCCUCGGGAGCCGGGGCUUUGCCCGGUGUAGGGGGUAAACCCAAGGAGACUUGGCCCGGGUGUAGUGAUGGGGCUUCAGCAGCUGCCACGGAAGCAGCAGUCUGAGGUGGGUCCCGGGAAGAGGGGGGCCGGUGGUCUCCUCUGUGUGCCAGCGGGCCACGGUCUCGUGCAGUUACCACCUGACUUCCUUGGCACGCCUGGGUGCAUGGCUCAUUCCUUCCCUCGGUCACGUGCAGUUUCGAACUUGGAAUUUAAAGGACGAGGGUGGGCAGGAAGGACUAUCCUGUCUGCACCCUGCCAUCCUCUUACUACCCGAGCAGUGGGUCGGGAGUGUCCUUGCGCUGUUCGGCACAAAUGGCAUUGACCUCGCGGCACGAACGCAAUCGUGGGUGGCCUGGUUCUUUUCCUAGUUGACGUCUUGACCAAAUCCUUCCAGAGGCAGCGCUCACCCUGACGUGCCGUGAGGCCAGAGCCACUCCAGACCCACUCUCAACCAUCUCCUCGUCUGCUACCGCAUUUACGGACCCCCUGGUGCCUAAUCUACACUCUUCCUCUUGAACCUGAACCUGAACCUGAGCCACGUCAGCCCUUAGCUGACUUGAGUCACCAGCUCUCGGGUCUGUAUUUCGGCCUCUGUGAUUCCAUUUCCUCAUUCCCCCCCUUCAGCUGCCGUCUCCCAGUCCUUGUCACUCCGAAGAGCAGCCGCACGCCUGGAAUCUGAAACCCCAACGCGCUGCCUUCUCCACCCGCCCCCUUGUCUCUGCUUCAGCCUCAGACCUGCAGUUUUCUGAUCCGUCCUCUCCUUCGCAGACUGGAAAUCUGUGGUUAAUCCCCAGCAUCCUCAGCAUCCUGUCCUGCUCCUGUCUGAUAAAACUUCACCCUUGCUUCGACCCACUUUCGUCCCUGUACCUCUGGAAUCCUGGGACCUGCUGGAGGAAACGCCACGCACGUAGGGAGGCUCUUGUAGCUUACGGUCUCCGGGCCCAGUUCUGUUUAACGUCACUUGGCAAUUCUUGCUUAGCCUGACCCCACCUCCCUCCAUCAUUUUGUUCAGCAAUUUCUCUAAAUUACUUUCCUCAAAGUCCUUAAGAAAUAUGCUUGUGUGGGGUGCCUGGGUGGCUCAGUGGGUUAAAGCCUCUGCCUGUGGCUCAGGUCAUGAUCUCAG